UCUGGCAAUUUCAACAAAGUGUUUAUGUUUAUAUAUUUAAGUGUUAAGUGUUCUCGAUUUUAAGAAUAACUCUAGCUCGUUUAAUAUCAAGUGCACGGUGCAUAGUCAGUGAAAAGCCAAGAGACGAACGAUCAAAGUAAAGUUGCCGCUAUAGUUGACUUAUUAACUUGGCCGGCGGCGUUCGCCAGCGUUUUCAAAGAAAUUAAACAACAGCUGCAGCACAAAUGCAUCGAUUAUGCCAAGUCAGUGCAGACAACAGAAAACAUCAAAAUUAAUAUUCUCAGCUAUGCAAUGGAAAAAUGCCAAGGAACGCGCGCGGGCAUAUAAAAAUGAGUUGCUUUGAAGUUUUCGCUACCAAGCGCCGCCGGGCAACAACAAAAAACGAAAAUUGCAAAAAGAAAACAUGGCGAACAGCAUCCCGCCUCCCCCCCUGCCAAGCACCCAUCAGCGGCAUCAGCUUCAGGAGCAGCAGGAAGAACAUCAUCUUGCGCAGCGUUUGCUUCAUCAAUGGAGAAGCUGUCUGGCCCAGAGCGCAGAACCAACUGCUUUUGCAAGUAAUUUCUUGAAAGUUGUUCUGAAAUCACAGCGCGAAUUGUGAAUCACUGGAAAUGUACUGAAUUUAAGCGCUGAAUAUGUGUUAUUGUAUCAAAUGCAUUUUAAUGCAGCUUAUUAAGCUUUAGCCGUAGAGCACAACCGUCACUAAUACCUGGCUAAGGGUAUCGUCAGAGCGGGUGCGGUGGAGGGACGCAGAGAUAGAGUGCUAGAGCGAACGGCACCCGCAAAGAGAAUGGCAAACAAAGUAACUGUAACCGGGCGAUGCGUUUUUUGUGGUUUUGCGUUUCGUUUGCACAAAGAAAACAAAAGCAGUUGCAAUGAAGAUGCAGCCAGGCAAAGAACGAAAGAGAGCGUGGGCGGAGGAGAGACGCAAUUGGAUGCUCUGUUUGUGCGCUACUCACAUAUUACUCAUGUGUGCCCGAGGCAUAGCUGUGUGCAGAGCGACGAGGGUUAUGAUGGAUGAGCCCCGCUUUGCACAGCCCAUACCAAAUGUCACCGUUGCCGUUGGCCGUGAUGCCAAUCUGCCCUGUGUGGUCGAGCAUUUGGGCGGCUACAAGGUGGCCUGGAUACACAUUGAUCGCCAGAUGAUACUCACCAUACAUCGCCAUGUCAUCUCGCGCAUACCACGCUACAGCAUCACCUACGCGGACAACACGUGGCUGCUGCACGUCAAUCAAGCGCAUCAGGACGAUCGCGGCUAUUACAUGUGCCAGGUCAACACCAAUCCCAUGAUUAGCCAGGUUGGCUAUCUGCAGGUGGUGGUGCCACCCAACAUACUGGACAUUGAGAGCACCCCAUCUUCGGUGGCGGUGCGUGAAAAUCAAAAUAUCAACAUGACAUGUCGCGCCGAUGGAUUUCCAACGCCAAAAAUCAUUUGGCGUCGAGAGGAUGGCGAGGAAAUUGCCGUAGAGAAAAAGAAGAAAGUUCUGGUCUACGAUGGCGAUAUCCUGCCGCUGACCAAAGUUAGCCGCAAUGAGAUGGGCGCCUAUCUGUGCAUAGCCACCAAUGGAGUGCCACCCUCUGUCUCGAAGCGCAUAAUACUGGAUGUGGAGUUCUCGCCAAUGAUUUGGGUGCCGAAUCAACUUGUUGGCGCGCCAGCUGGCACAGAUGUAACCAUCGAUUGCCACACCGAGGCUCAUCCCAAAGCCAUCAUCUAUUGGGUAUACAAUUCUGUAAUGGUAUUGCCCAGCAAGAAAUAUAAAACGGACUACACAGAGAACUCGUAUCGCGCCCACAUGAAACUGACGAUAAGAAACCUACAAUAUGGCGACUUUGGCAACUAUCGAUGCAUCUCAAAGAAUUCUCUUGGGGAAACGGAAGGCUCCAUACGUGUUUAUGAGAUACCUUUGCCAUCAACACCAUCCAAACAAGUAACACACACCACCGUCGAGUCCAGGGAGAGCAAUAUUAUACCAACUUUACGCAACGAUUCAACGAAAUCGCUACAAACGGAUGUUUACGCCAUGAAAAACGAUUUGUAUGCUGGCAGUGGCUCAUCGUCGGCGGGCUCCAGCUCAUCCGCCGCCUCAUCCUCUUCGAUGCAAACAUCCUUGCUGCCCGGUGGCGCCGCCGGCAAUAGCCUAUCAGCGCUAAGCGGCGGCAGCAAGGGCUCCCUGGCGAUAGGCAAGAGCAUGUUCUACACGGAACGUCCACCGAACGAGUACGCGAGCUCCACCGCUGGAGCUAUGCAUAGGCUGUGUUGGCUGGGCGCAGGAUUAGCUCUGCUGUUUGCUGCGCUUUGAAAUCAAUAAUUUGAGUUCAACUAAAAUAAACAUAAUAAAAAAAGGCAUUUGUAAAAUGCAGCCAAAGGGGGGUACAAGGGGUAGCUUUUAGGUGUAUUAAUUUCACAGCUGAAGCAAACUGAAAACUGAAAACCAAAAAUGAAUACUAAUAAUGUUUAUAGCUACAAUAAUAAUAUAACUAAUGAAUAGCUCACAUUUAAUUGAAUUUGUUUAUGAUAAAGUUAAACAAAUUUGUUAAAUGAAAAUUGACAAUGAAAAUAAGCGACAAAAAUAAUUAAAAAGUUUUGCUGGCGUGCGUAGCAAACACAAUAAAUGCUCAUUUUAUGUACAAUAUUAAAACGUAUACAUAAGAAAUACACACACACAGACAAACAGAAGACUAGUGAAGGAGAGUUAUUUGUACAAUUCAAAAAUAUACAUAUUCUCACGAUACAAAGCAAAAAAAAAAAUUUAAUCCAUAUAGAAAUAUAGUUUAUAAUAAAAUUGUUGAGCUUUUGUUUUUGUGUGUGUUCGCAUGUCAGUUUCCUAGGGCUUAGCAUUUGGUUUUUCUUGAAUACACAUGCAAAAAUAUUUAGCCAAAAAGCAAAGCUUUUCCAUCGAGCAUUAUCCUAGACUUAAAUAAUAUUUUUCUUUAGCCAGCUGCUAAGUGAAUUUUCCAUGGAAAUGAAUAUACACUUGGAUUAUAAUUAAUUUCAAAUGAAAAACAAAAUGGAUAAUCGUUUAAAGAAAACGUUGCAUAUUGCAUAAAAUUGCAUAUCUUAAGCAAAUAACAGAAUUUAUCAUAUCCCAAACGUAAACAUAUGAUG